AUGUUCGCGAACGGUGGCAAUGGUAGUCGGGUGCCCCAGUGGAUGCGAAUUCUUUCGAUGUCGUUAGUGAUAUUUACCGGCGUGAUUGGUGCAAUCGAGGUGCAUGAGGAUGUGAACGAAGGACCGAUCGUUAGUGCGCGGCUUAAUGUGUCUAGUGGCAGCGGAAGUGGCGGCACAUCGCUGACCACCAAGCUACCGCCGCUGGUUAAUGAACGCAAUGUAAAUGACCCAGGGUCACCAACAUCGCAGCAUCACCAGCACCAGCAGCAGCAGUACCAGGGGCAGCAUAGCAGCAUCGACGAGCCUGCCCAUAAUUUUACCACAUUUCCCAGCAACCAUAGACAGCAGCAUGCCGACGUCCAUGGCAACGGCAAUGAUGCUCCGACGACGGUGGUGGCGACGGUGGUGGAAUCGGUAGCAGUGCUGUCCACCGACGACCCAGCGCCGUCCACCACCACUUCAAGGGCAUCGCCGGAAGGACCGGCGGGACCUGUUACACCGUCCACUGCCAUAACGACUGCAUCCCAGUCCGUGCCUGUCCACCAACCGGCUAGUUCACCCUCGGCAGUCGGCGGACUUGCCGCAUUCAGGGCCGCCUCAAACAGCAAUUCGCAGUCCAAGUCCCCUUCGAUCGCUAGAGACCGGGCGAGGACACGGACGGUGCAGCAUCAGAUAUCGGGCUACCGGAAGCGGCAACUGUACGCAAGCGCAACGCAGCCGAGGAAUGCUAAUGGCAGCACCGCGGGCAACGAGCCGGCGUCUGAUCAGAGUAACGAGGCGCCAUUUAGUAGAGACUUUGUACCGUCGCCCGAGGUGGGCGUCUACUAUGGUGAUGAGAGCUCACCGAUGGUCCCAAUCCAACCACCAUCCAUCGUCUCUGGAAGCAGCAAUACGCAGCAAGUGCCUCAAGCCCCACGGACGGUCGCGGUGGAACAUGGUGGAUUCGUACCGCAUGCCGUCACACCAGCCGUCGAUGCACUGUACCCGGCGACGGCACACAGUGCUUACGGUGACACAACGGCAGGAGACAAUCGCUGGUAUACGGGGGCCGGCAUUAGCACCACCCCGGUGGUGCGUGGGCAUCACCACCUCAAGACAAGCACCAUUCCGACGACGGUCAAAUGGGGGGAACACAAGUACCCCAUGUGGUCCCAUCCGCAAUCGCAGCAGCAGCAGCAUCCGCAGACAAACACCGUAAAGUUCCCUCAGGAAGCGGUGACGUCACAGGUGUCACAGUUUCCAACGCCCAAGGGCAAAUGGAAGUGGAUACCGGAAGAGGAAGACGGUGGCGAGAGUGGCAAGGAGAGGCCCGGGGACAGUGGAGUAACAUUCUCAUCCGUUGGCACCACGGGCAGCAGCACCUCGGAGGAGUCUAGCUUGUUACGGCAGCAGCCGGCCGUCGUGACGCUCGCCAGACCAUCGUCGGUGUAUACGUACGAGCGGAUACCGUCGUCGGUUGAGUUACCGGUUCCCGGUGGUACAGCGUUCAGUAGCGAAGGGGUUUCAGGUGGAGGAGCAGGAGCAGGAACAGCGGGAGGUAAUAGCAGCACCGAGGUAACAGGCGGUACAUCCAAGGAAGUUCUGUUCGGAAAGGAUGAACUCCAGCACAAGGGUGCCGCGAUGUCACCUUGGAAGAAGAUCAUCCACGUACUGACGGCGGCCAUCCCGAUCGGGCUGCUCAUAUCAGCCCUCACGCCGCAAGUGGUCUACAUCAAUCCCAACGCCACGCUACCACCACAGAGUACCCAGCUGCAGACACCGUCCCCGGUCAGUGGUGCCGGUUUAUCGAGCGGUGGACUACGUCAGCGGAGCCUAGACGCGACCGGCGUGCCCGAUCCGAUCGGUGCAAUUCAACUCUUCCAGAAGCUGAUGGCCCUGGAGCGUGACGCGGAGCAGGCGGUGGUGGCGGCGGCGGCGGCGGCGGCGGCGGCGGCACCGAACGGUGACGUUUCGAAUCGUUUAAUGAAUGCCGCCGUCACCGCCACCGCCAACCGGUUGCAGCACUGCGACUGGAUGCUGCUCUGCCAGCUCGUCCACCAGCGCCAAAGUCCGGAGUCGGUGGCCGUGCGCCGGAUGCUGUGGAAAAUGGCCAACGAGUAA